AUGGUAGGUGAAUCCCUGUCUUUACUAACUAGCAUCUCUGUGUUAGCCGUGAGGUUGCAGUCGACUCCACAGGCCAAUGGAGGCUGGAUCACCACACAGCUGAACCAGGUGGUGUCACUCACCUGCCUGCUGGACACGGCCGACCCAGAGAAGGAGCUGGAGUGGUUCCGGAAUGGGGCUUUAGUUCGGCUGGAGGGAGGAGACUCAUCGGAAGCGGUCAGCCUCUGCAUUAACCCCGUGUUCAAGGAGGACAACAGCGUUAUCUUCACCUGUCAGCUGAAGAAGGACGCCAGCGCCAAUGCCUCAGUACAGCUGGAAGUGCAAUUUCCCCCCGAGCUGCCCAACAACGAGACGCUGGAGGUGGAGGAGGAAAGCGAUGUGGUUUUGACGUGCGACGCCCACGCCAACCCCCAAGUGACCGUGACCUGGCUGCUGGAUGGAUCGGAGCUGGACAUGGAAAGCGGAGGCUACGUGCAGGCCCAGGAUGCGAUGACCGCCCGCCUCUCCUUUUACAACAUACAACGCAGCAUCCACCAGGGAACAUACAGCUGCACCACUCACUCCCCCAAAUACGGAGACAGUACCAAGACAUUCGAGCUACUUGUGACAGAUAAGACCAUGAAGUUCCCCUUGGGCCCCAUCAUUGCUGGGGUAGUGGUAGUACUCCUCACUCUUCUCCUGGCAUUCAUUUCAAGGUGGAAAAGAAUCAAGCAGUGCUGUAAGUAAGAGAGCUUCCCCUAAUAAACGGAAGAAAAGCAUACGGAUUUGAGCCAUUGAACUCUGAGGAGCUGAACCUUUGAAAAUUGUGUUGAAGAAACCUUUGAAGAGCUGAAGAAAAUGUCAAGCCAGACCUCUGAGCCUUAGACACGGAUAUGAGGAGGUUUUUAUUAAGCAACUGGAACACUGGAAAAGCAGUCAGACCAGUACUUGCAUUGAUUUGAUUUUGUUAUUGCUUCUUAAUGAAACCACAGGCUUGUAGGAAGCACUGCCACCUGCAAGACACACAAUCCCAGGUGAAAUUCCUGUACUCCUGAUAAACCAUUGUCCUAGUAAGAUGUAACUACUCAACACAUAAAAUUAUUGUGCAAUGGUCCUAGAAGCCCAUUCCACUUAAGUUAUACAUUGAUUGUAGGGACAGAGACACACCUGAUAGACACAUUUCAGUGCUAGAGAAAUAAAACCAUUAAAACUGUUAAAUAUUGAU